AUUGAUGACUUCUCAAAGACGAAGAGGAAGGGCAAGAGUCUGUCGGUCUCUCUCCGUCAGACGAGGGCACACACGCAAGAGAAGGGGUGCCGUUGUCUGAACGAGACGAUCAUCGAAGAGAACUCGGAAGGCUGUCUGGGACUGUUGUAUGGUCGAUAUGGGUCGUCAUAAGUUGUUUGCUAUGCUUAAUACGGGCAUUGGGAUGAGACUGAAGUAUGGGAGUGGGAUUCAUCAAUCUCGUCUCGUCACUGAAAGGUUUCUGGUCCGUCAUUUGUGUCAACUUCGAAGUGGGUGCGUAAUUGGCGCCCACGAACUGCACCGAGAUGUCUCUGGUGAAUAUCCAAAAUCUCUCGACUUAGCUAGAAAUGUGUCGGGAGGAUUCACCGUGACUCGUGGGUUACAAGCUAGUUUUCUCUCUUUUGGACGGAACAUCAGUACCUCAUCUCACCAGGUUAGAGGAACUCCUUUGGAUGAAUCCCUAGUGGAUAGAGAUUUCUUCGCACAGCAAUGGGUAGCUGAUAAGAAAAAAAUGAAAAACCUUAAAGACAAAGGAAGAGCAAGAUUGGUGAAGCGUGAGAGUCAUGGUCAAGUAGCUGAUCGGCAUUCAUCUGAAAGAUUAUCGGGUGAUAAAGAAUCAGGCUCUGGUGGAAUGGUUCUGAAGCAACCACCUACUAGCCAAUCUGUUACUGGCUAUCUGAAACCUGCAUCACCAGAGGAGUGUUGCGUUACUUACUCAAGAUUAAAAGGAAAAUGGCUUCAUAUGUCCAAUUUGCUGAUUACAAGGGAUAUAGAGUGGGCCAACCUUGUAUUCGGUUUUGAGCAGGAGAAUCGAUAUGCGAUUGUGGAUGUUUGUUACCCUCAGUCGCCUGUAGGUUUUAUACGCGAACAAAGCAACAUCCUUGCCAGACAGUUGCUUCGCACAAGGCGCCCUUUUGUUGCAUACAUAACCGAUGCCAUGGGUAAAGAGCUCUUCAGGGUCCGCCGGCCUUUCUGGUGGAUUACCAGCUCCAUUUAUGCAGAGGUUAACGGCAAGGAAGUUGGCGUGGUUCACAGACGAUGGCAUCUAUGGAAGAGGGUGUAUGAUUUGUAUCUGGGGAACAAGCAAUUUGCAGUGGUGGAAAAUCCUGGCUUUUGGAAUUGGACAUUUACUUUGAAGGACAUAGAGGGCAAAGUAUUGGCUCAAAUAGAUCGUGAUUGGAGGGGUUUCGGUUUCGAGAUCUUUACUGAUGCUGGUCAGUAUGUCAUCCGCUUUGGAAGUUCUGAUCCUAUCUCCAAGACCGGCCCAGCUAGUGUGGUAGAGGAGCUGGAAGUUGACCGGCCUUUGACCAUCUCAGAAAGAGCCGUGGCACUUGCUCUUGCUAUUUCACUGGAUAAUGAUUAUUUCUCUAGGCAUGGUGGAUGGGCAAUUCCUCUUGUUGUUGUUGGGGAGUAAAAUAGUGUCCGCACGGAAGCUCACAUUACAUUAGUUUUUCUGCACAUGGAUUACUUGGGGGUGACGAUGCAACUUGUAAGCUCUUAGAUGCGUAUGCCCAGUCUGUAGGAAAGUUUAGGGAGAACAAAGAAUGAGUCUCGUGUUUGAUCUUAAACAGAUGCGAUCAUAUGCGAGAACAGUUAAAAGGAGGAUCAUGCAACUGAAAGUCAAGCCUCUGGAGAAAAUGCGCAGAGAGAGAGAGAGAUGGUUGGGAGCGUGAGCAAGCUCUCAAAUCUUAGAUUGCGGGCAGCGAACGUGACCGUUACCGUUUUAAUACCAAUGCAAGCUCGUAAAUUAAAAUUGAGAAGCUCCAGGGUCCAGAUCCAUGUCAUCUUGCAAGCAGAUUGUGUUCAUCUAAGACUUUGCGAGACAUUUUCUGAAGCAUGUUCUGAGUUUGGUCUUUGAACUCCAAAUAUAUGUAC